GUACAGAAGGUCAUUGAUCAGCUAACGCAUACGUGGCAGUGAAUUUGAGACCAUUAAACGUGGACUAAAUCUAAUCAGCUGCACCGAAGAAAACGAGUUGUCUUUACUUGUCCCAUCCACUGAACUGCAGCGAUUAGUUGUCCAACGUCCCUGUUCAAGAUGAUCCCCAUUUUCAUUUUAGCCGUUUGUUUCGUACACACGCUUUGUGCUAGCGCGGAUUCCGAUGCUUUGGUGACAAGUAAAGCAUACCUUGAUAUCAGUAUUGGAGACAAAGCGGUGGGAAAGAUAGUGAUAGGGUUAUUUGGAAAAACUGCCCCUAAGACUGUAAAAAAUUUUGAGGCUCUGGCUUCACAUGAGUUUGGCUAUGGCUACAAAGGAGCUACUUUUCAUCGUGUGAUAAGGAAUUUUAUGAUACAAGGAGGAGACUUCUCCAACAGAGACGGAUCUGGAUCUAAGAGCAUCUAUGGCAAGUACUUUGAUGACGAGAAUUUUAUCCUGAAGCAUUAUGGGCCGGGUUGGGUGUGUAUGGCGAACGCCGGCAAAGACACCAACGGCUCACAAUUUUACAUCACAACUAUUAGGACGUCGUGGCUGGAUGGCAAGCACACGUGUUUUGGAAAAGUUCUGCAAGGAAUGAAAGUUGUCAAACACAUUGAAGGACUUAAUACUGACGAAAAAGAUCAUCCAGAUCAGACGGUGGUCAUUACUGAUUCUGGUCUCGAGGAAGGUUUCAACUGGCCUUUUAAAGUUUCCAAGACGGGUGUGUCUGUGUAGUGGGGCUGUUCAGUGUUUCAUGGUUUGCAUUUAGAAAUUUCAGGUUUUUUUUAGCCUAUUUUUAAGAAAGUGGCGCAUGUAUCAGCUAUGUAAAAGUAUAGAGGUGAGAGACAUUCACGUCUCGGCUCGAAAAAUUAAAAGAGACACCGUAACACCAUGUAUUUCUGAAAGCUUAAUAAAAUGUUCCACAACAUCCUAUUACCAGGAAAACUUCACACUUCCUUAGUUUAUCUUAUCUUGGUUUGUUCUUAAAAAGGAUAGGACGAAAAUCUUAGUGAAGAAACUAUUUUCAUCGGAAACAAAAUGAAAAAAAAAAAAAAAGAAAAAUUGAAAUUAAAACUAAUGAAUUUAUGCCCAGAAUAUCGGUUGAAGCUUUAUCUGACCAUAAUGAUUUUAGCUGUAACUUACAAAAAUCUUAAAUGGUUUAAUUUUGGAUUGCGAGUUUAUCUUACGAGACUAUAAGGAUUGUGAUUUACCAGUAAUAUCACUUUUUUAAUCCUAGUUUCGUGUCUGCUAUCCUUGACUUCGAUCUAGUUCUGUUGAAAAAUUAGAUUAGUAACAAGUAGUUUAUUAAGGGUGCUUCAGAGGGAGAGACAGUAGAGACUAAGGGUACCGGGCUGGGGGAACACCUGUUUGUAGGGGUUAAAAACCGAGAGACCUGUCGUCGCUAAUGCUGAGAUUGCUGUCAACAAAAGAUAUGUCGCCUGAUACUUUUCACCAGCGAACUGACUGUUAAAAAUACCCCUUCAUGUUACCUUGACAGAACCUGUCACACGUGUCAUUAAAAAUUAAUACUUUUUAUUCUUA